AUGCUUUCAGCAAGUGCUACAAAGAGACAAUUGGAAUUUGAUUGGAAUGCCGAGAAGCAGAAGAAGAAGCGUAGUCGAUGGGGUAAUGAAGAGACUGACAAGACUAUAAUUCCUGGCAUGCCGACGGUGAUUCCGGCCAAUCUGUCAGGUGACCAAGAGAAACAAUAUUUAGUUCACCUGCAAAUCGAGGAGAUAAGUCGUAGACUGCGAACAGGAGACCUGGGCAUCCCACCUAAUCCCGAAGACAGAUCUCCAUCACCAGAACCAAUAUAUAACCAUGAGGGAAAACGGCUGAACACACGGGAUUAUCGAACAAGAAAAAAAUUAGAAGAAGAUCGCCACCGGCUGAUCCAACAAGCUUUUGAGUUAAAUGCUGACUACAAACCUCCAUCAGAUUACAAGCCCCCAAUUGUGCGAGUCAGUGAUAAAGUAAUGAUACCACAAGAACAACAUCCAGAUAUCAAUUUUGUUGGUCUCUUAAUUGGGCCGAGAGGAAAUACUUUGAAAAAUUUGGAAAAGGAGACUGGUGCCAAAAUAAUUAUUCGUGGUAAAGGUUCUGUAAAAGAGGGCAAAAUUGGUAGAAAAGAUGGCCAGCCUUUACCAGGAGAAGAUGAACCACUUCACGCUUAUGUGACGGCAAACAAUCCAGAAAAUGUUAAAAAAGCUGUUGAAAAGAUCAAAGAAAUCAUUCGUCAGGGCAUUGAAGUUCCAGAAGGGCAAAAUGAUUUACGAAGGCAGCAACUGCGAGAAUUGGCUUUGCUUAAUGGGACUUUAAGAGAAAAUGAUGGUCUUGCCAAAUUGAAACAAUUGCAGCAGGCGCAAAGCAUCAUCACGAACACGAUAAUUUGCACAUUGUGUGGAGGAACUGGCCAUCUAACACAAGAUUGUAAACAAAAAAGGCCUGGAGAUACAAUUAGAAUUCCACAAGGUUCACAAGCAGACAGGGCAAAAAUGGAUAGUGAGUAUAUGUCCUUAAUGGCAGAACUGGGUGAAGGUCCACCUCCUCCGCAGAAGACCCCACCCCAGCAAACCACCACCACUCAACCAACUCCUGUCCAAACGUUUAACAGACCUCCUUAUCACACACAGCCGCCGCCUAAUCCAAUGGCACUGAAUCCGCCCUGGCAAACAGCACCAGCAACCAAACCCCCUCCAAUUGUGACACCAUUCCAGAGUCAACCUCCAACAAACAAUGCUGCACCUCCAGGCAGUGUGGGUGUGCCAAUUCCACCAAGCCCUGCUCCAACUUCUCAAUUCCCUCCAGGAGUCCCUCCUCCUCCGCCACCACCACCUCCUCCACCAAAUAUGUUUUCUGCUGCCCAGCCUCUGCCACCAUGGCAACAGACGAUACCUGCUGCGCAGGCUCCACAAUCUAACACAGCUUUAGGGGUGCCUCCACCACCUCCAGGACUUUUGACAGCACCUCCUCCACCUCCUCCCCCAAGCAGCCAACCUUCGGGAGUUAUGCCAUGGAUGGCAUCUCAGAGUGCUGGUCUUCCUCCACCACCACCUGUGUCAACAUCUGGGCCUCCAUGGCAAAGUGCUGCUGUUCCUCCACCUCCUCCUUCGUCUGUACCUCCAUGGCAACAAGCACCUAUGCAAUCAAUGGGCAGUGGGGGUGUUGCUCCUCCACCUCCUCCUCCAGGAAGUCAACAAUUUGGGGGCAUUCCUCCACCCCCUCCUCCAGGGGGCUAUGAUAUGAAUGCUGGUAUGAAUCCCCUUCUUGUAGCUCCACCUCCACCACCACCUUCUUAG